AUGACAUCGCCGACGCCUCAGGAUACCGGGCUGGGAAUACACCAUCAAACGUCCAAAAGUGACACGAAUCCCCUUCGAUUAGAUUUGUCGGAAUCAGCAGAGAAGAGAUUAGAGCCCAGGGAUCGAUCACAGUCGGUUACAGGCGAUCAGUACCAGCAGCCCCCCAGCACAGGGUUUGAUGCUGCCGACCGAGUCUUUCCCAUUCGGUCCGUAGUUUCAGUCGAUCCCAAUGCUGCUGCACAGCACGUGCUACCAUCGCCGAACCGAACAACCCUAACACCAACUCGGGAGGGGGCUCGACAGUAUUCGUUCAUUGAUGAACAGACCUGGCACCAGCUUCAGUCUCAAACUAACUCGCAACCUCAUCCUGAUCCUGAGCACGCCGAGCCGACCAUUCCCACCAAUAUCCACCGUCAUGACACACAUCCAAUCGACGACAAGACGGAGCUUGCGACACACUCGUUGGCAUCAGAGGCUGUUCAGCAUCCUGAAAUAUAUGCCAAGAUCGCACCAAGCGACAGCCAAUUUGGAACAGAAUCCAUCGCUCAUCCACAGUCUUCCGCCGGAUCCCAGCCUGGCCAGGAACAAGGCCAUUUGACUGCCCGCUUCAAGCACGUCGUGACAGAGAAUGGCCAUGCGAUCAUAACAGGCCGUGAUGGCAAGGCAUUCCAGUAUUGCGAAGACGAGCCGAUUAGAAUUCCCGGUGCGAUACAGAGCUUUGGAGUCAUUGUGGCUAUGAGAGAGGAGCAGCCUAAUCAACUGGUCGUCCGGAUUGUGAGCGAGAAUUCCGCUGACUUUUUCGGGUUUUCGCCGAAAGAACUCUUUGAGCUAGAAAGCUUUUGUGACAUAUUAAACGAUGAUCAGGCAGACACGCUGUUAGAUCACAUGGAUUUUGUUCGUGAUGAUGCCUACGACCCCUCUGUUGACGGACCAGAAGUGUUUGCGUUGUCAACGCGGACAUCUACCGGAGAGUCUCGCCACUUUUGGUGUGCCACUCAUGUCUGCCCGACUCAAAAAGACUUGAUCAUUUGUGAAUUCGAACUGGAGGAUGACGAUGUCAAUCCUUUGAAUGUUGCUGGUCAUGCUACUCCUGCACAUCCUCCAGAUCCCCUGGGUAAUAGCAGUUUGGGGUUUACUCCCACCGCAGAACAGUUGGCCGCGUCAACAAUCAACAUCAGCCAACCGCUACGAGUUCUACGUAAUGCUCGUCGGCGGAGAGGCAAGGCGGCAAACAUGGAAGUCUUUUCUAUCCUCUCACAAAUCCAGGAACAACUGGGCAGGGCGACAGAUCUUGACAUGCUUCUGAACACCACAGCGGGACUGGUAAAGGAACUCACCGGGUUCCACAGAAUAUUGGUUUAUCAAUUUGAUAGCGCCUGGAAUGGCUUGGUUGUCGCUGAAUUGGUCGACCCCACUGUCACAAUCGAUCUUUACAAAGGUCUCCAUUUUCCCGCUGCAGAUAUUCCAGCGCAAGCACGAGAAUUAUACAAAAUCAACAAGGUGCGAUUGUUGUAUGACAGAGAUCAGGUUACAUCUCGAUUAGUGUGUCGGACUCUCGAAGACCUCGAAACCCCUCUGGACAUGACCCAUGCAUACUUGAGGGCGAUGUCACCCAUUCACGUGAAGUACCUGGCUCACAUGAAGGUUCGUUCUUCGAUGUCCAUCAGUAUCAAUGCUUUCAAUGACCUGUGGGGCUUGAUAUCAUGCCAUAGCUAUGGAUCUGCCGGCAUGCGCGUGUCUUUUCCAAUCCGAAAGAUGUGCCGAUUGCUUGGCGACACCGUAUCUAGAAAUAUCGAGCGGCUUUCAUAUUCAUCCCGAUUACAAGCCAGAAAGUUGAUCAAUACUGUCCCUACUGAGGCCAACCCAUCAGGUUAUAUCAUCGCCUCUUCGGAUGAUUUGUUACAACUUUUCGAUGCAGAUUAUGGAGUAUUGUCAAUCAGAGAUGAGACCAAAGUUCUGGGUGAUAACUCGGCUUCACAUGAAGUGCUUGCCCUGCUAGAGUUUCUUCGUCUACGCCAGCUGAACUCUGUACUCGCCUCGCAUGAUAUCGCCAAGGACUUUCCUGACCUGCACUAUGCCCCGGGACUCAAGCUCAUUUCUGGAUUACUUUAUGUGCCACUCUCCACUGGUGGCAGCGAUUUCAUUGUGUUUUUCCGUCGAGGACAACUCACGGAGAUCAGAUGGGCCGGUAAUCCAUAUGAUAUUGCCAAGCGUAAACAGACCGCGGGCUAUCUUGAGCCACGGCAAAGUUUCGCGGCCUGGCGGGAGACAGUGCUCUCACAAAGUCGGGAAUGGACUGAGACUGACGUGGAAACCGCAGCUGUUUUGUGUCUGGUCUACGGUAAAUUCAUCAAAGUUUGGCGCCAGAAAGAGGCUGCGAUGCAAACCUCUCAAUUAACACGCCUACUUCUCGCCAACUCCGCCCAUGAGGUGCGAACUCCUCUCAAUGCAAUCAUCAAUUAUCUUGAGAUUGCACUUGAGGGUGCCUUGGAUGACGAAACACGCGAGAGUUUGACCAAGUCUCACUCGGCAUCUAAAUCUUUAAUCUACGUGAUCAACGAUCUGCUUGAUUUGACAAACACCGAAAAGGGUCAGGAGCUCAUCAAAGAUGAAAGUUUCGACCUUCAAGGUACAUUCGAAGAAGCAGCUCAGAUGUUGUCCGGCGAAGCGAAGCGAAAAAACAUCUCGUACACUGUUUCGGUGCACCCUGGCAUUCCUUCUUCGGUUUUCGGUGACCAGCGUCGUGUGCGACAGGUGCUUUCCAAUGUCAUUUCAAAUGCUAUACAAAACACUCAAUCUGGUGCAGUCACAACUGAAAUGUGGCGCUCGGCUAAUCAGACUAUACCAGGCCAUGUAGGGGUCGAGGUUAUGGUAGUCGAUACUGGGACGGGAAUGUCACGCGAUAAGCUGGAAGCGCUUUUCCAGGAGCUGGAGCAAGUUUCCACCGAUGAAAGUUAUUAUUCCAGAGAGGAAGAGAAUCAACAACAGCAAUUGGAUUCGCCCAAACAAUCGAGGCCCCGCGUGCUGGGACUAGGCCUUGCACUUGCUGCAAGGAUAGUCAGAAACAUGCAAGGCCAACUGGGUGUUAGGAGCGAAGAAGGGAAAGGCAGUCGCUUCAAGAUUCUUUUACAGUUUCGAGUGCCUGAGGGAACCAUAUCGGAGGAUGAGGCAGCUAGCAUCGUUGCUGCUGGAUCUGCUAUUCCUCCGACGCCGAUGAUCUCGGAUAAGGAAUUUACCCUUGUUGGCGGAGCACAAAUGGGUAAUGAUUCCCGACGGAAAAGUUCAGAGAGUCUUCGAUCUGGGGGUAGUUCGCACAGUGGACAUAGUGGGAAAAGUCAAGCCGAUCGACUCAUCAGCGCUAUGCAAGAACCUGCGAUGAACCAGGGAAGCACCAGUCAAGGCUCACAUCAGAAGCAAAGAAGGCUUUCUUUGAGCCCUGUCAGUGCUAGCAGCCGUCACUUUUCGCCAUCAUCGUCAUCCGGCCUCAAGCGAUCAUCAACUGUGCACGAUCCCCGCUCAAGCCUUUCCAUGGUUACGCAUCCAUUGCCGAUGGGUCUACAACCGCUUAUGACGCCGCCCCCUCCUGGAUUAGAGAACAUAACAGAUUCUGGUGUACCAAUGGGUGCUCUAAAAAUGUCUCAGAGAUCCGCGAGCAUUAAAUCGCCAAGUCUCCAGACUAUUCAAGAUCAAUCAUACUUCCCGCGGGUCCUUGAUCCAGUCACAGAACCGUCACAAGCUCCAUCUACAGAGGCUCCGCCAUCCACAUCCCCUACCACUGUUCCUCCAACGACGGAUUAUGAGCUCCUUCGUGUCUUAGUGGCAGAAGAUGAUCCGAUCAACAGCAAAAUCAUACACAAGCGGUUGACCAAGCUCGGGCAUAUCGUGAAGCUCACCAGCAAUGGUGAAGAAUGUGCUACCGCUUUCGUUUCAGCGACCAACAGCUUUGAUAUGGUGUUGAUGGAUCUACAGAUGCCGAUUGUUGAUGGCAUGGCUGCUACUAGGAUGAUUCGUGAUUUUGAAUGCAAGACGCCGAAAACUGCGCUCUCCGACAAGGCGAGACACAACGAUCGUGUCCCUAUAUUUGCUGUCUCUGCAUCUUUGAUUGAAAAAGAACGAGACAGCUACAUCGAAACUGGGUUUGAUGGCUGGGUAAUGAAACCUAUCUCGUUCCCGAGAUUAAAUGUCCUGCUUUCUGGACUCACGAACCCGGUUACUCGGUCUGAAACCGCGUACAAGCGUGGCGAAUGGGAGAACGGCGGAUGGUUCUCCUCUCAUUAG